ACUGUGUACUGUAUUUGAAAAGGUUAAACAAUAUAUUCAUCAUUCUUAAGUAUAAACGGAUAAAUACGACUGUUUUUAACAUGCCCUGCGUGUUCACAGGCCUGGUAAUAUUAAACUGGAUUUGUUCGGCGACUUUUGUGGCGUCGGAGACACUGGAUGAUGCCAAAAACCUUAUCAAGAAGAAAUUUCAAACAGAUGGAUAUAGCAAAACCCUCCGCCCAUUACUAGACCAGACCGACGUGGUUGAAGUAUACACAGAUAUGGUUCUUACUUCUAUAAUUGAGUUCAAUGAACAAGAAGAAAGCAUGAAGAUCGGCGGAAUGCUUCACAUUUCUUGGUAUGAUCAAUUGCUGACUUGGAAUACAUCGGACUACGGAGGACUUGAUUAUCUGACAUUGCCACAAAAUGAUGUCUGGAGACCGGACGUUGCACUUCAUAACUCCUUCAAGACCUUUACUGGUCUGGGAUCUAGUAAAUUGUUGCUGAGAGUUUACUAUACUGGUGAAGUUUACUGGCGUCCUUACCAGAUUCUGGAGGCCUCGUGUGAUGUUGACAUCACAUAUUUCCCAUUCGACACACAGGAAUGUCCUUUCAAGUUCUCCGCUUGGAGCUAUUUCAAAGAUGAAGUACGCAUGAUUGAAGGAAAGAAAGGCAUCUAUUUAGACGAGUUUGAAGAAAAUUCAAGAUGGUCGCUGGUUUCCACCACAGCUGAAUCGGGCAAAGGUGAUGCUUCAGUCCUUAUUUAUAAGAUAAAGCUGAAGCGGAAGUCAAUAUUUUAUGUGUUCUACAUAAUCAUCCCCAUUCAUGUAAAAGAGCCAACACACGUACGAGGACACACUCUGGACGUUGUUAUCACCAGGGACACUGUGGAUACGGUAUCAAACGUAGUUGUUACCGAUCCUGGACUUUCAGUCGGCUCAGGAAACAUUUCUAAAGACCAUUAUGCCGUCAUCUUUAAUGCAAGAGCAUCAAAACCAGCUCCGACGUCGUACUAA